GCAAAUCUGUUGUGUGCAAGUAAUUGGGGUAAUGCAAAUCGUCUGAAUGGUAAAACAAAUAAAGAGACUUGUAUUUAACUGACUGAGAACGUGUCGGGAUUGUUUUUUAUGUUGCACUUGUUCUCUGAACAAGUAACGUGCUACGUUUCUUCGAUUUAAGAUCGUCUUUUGGACAGAGUAUUUUAAAUGCGUUUUGUAGUGGUGUGUCUGCACAUAUUUGUUUUUACAAGACUUCUUAAGUUCUCAUGUAAAACUUCGUUGAAAUUGAACAUUCAUUAAAAUUAGAUAAAAGUGAUUUAUGAACUGCUGCAGGAUUUUUAAGGAGUAAGGUAAACUCCGCCAGUGGUGAUAUAAAUGAGUAGCGUUUUAAAACUGUUAAAUAGAGCGUCGCUGUUGACGUUAAGUUUACUGAAAAAGAGAAAAUGCGCCCCUCCAAUUUACGGUGCUACUCCUGUCGUCCGCAGGACAGUGGAAGUCAGAACCCUAUUCACCAAUGUGGGUGGGAAAAUAUUUGGCAAUCGCCGCUUUUGCACGAGUGUUGUUUCCUACAAACGUAAAAAAGAUGAUUAUCCACCAAAAAGUAUUGAAGAUGACAAACAAGAGGAAUUUCUGGAUUCCGAAGUAGAUUUGCAAGACAAAGAAGUAGAAGAAUUGUUUCAGCAGCGUAUUCCUGUAGUUCCCGAAGGUGGUCAGAGAAUUUUUAUAGUUCAUCCUGAUGUCAAAUGGGGAGUCAAGAAACAACACCUUACUACUGGUGAACUUCAGAUGGCAGAAGCUGUUGCCCUUGUGAAUUCUCUUCCAGACUGGAUGAUUGUGGAUACAAUAAUUAUGCCUACAAAGACUCCUGAUACGAAGUAUGUAUUUGGCAAAGGAAAUUUACAGGCCAUUACAGAAAAAAUAAGUGCAUUACCACAAUUAACUGCAGUUUUCAUGAACGUAGAACGAUUGUCUCCAUUGGCUGAGAAAGAAUUAGAAGACCUCUGGGGAGUAAAGGUAUUUGAUAGAUACACUGUGGUUCUUCAUAUCUUUCGCUACAAUGCUCGUACUAAAGAAGCCAAAUUGCAAAUAACAUUGGCUGAAAUCCCUCUCUUAAAGUCCCGACUGAAAAAUGAGUUGGCUAACAAGGACCAGCAAGGAGGAGGAUCUAGAUACAUCAUGGGUUCAGGAGAAACCUUUACGGAGGUCCAGCAUCGUCUCUUGAAAGAAAAAGAGAUGAAGAUCAAAAGUGCUUUAGAGAAAUUAAGGCAGAAACGUACUUUACUCCGAGCACAGCGUACAAGACGAGAAUUUCCUGUGAUAUCAGUGGUAGGAUACACAAACUGUGGUAAAACAACUUUGAUAAAGGCACUGACUGGUGAUACAAAACUGCAGCCUAGAGAUCAACUAUUUGCUACACUGGAUAUCACUGCUCAUGCUGGUGUUCUGCCAAGUCAUAUGACUGUCAUUUAUGUUGAUACAGUUGGGUUUCUAUCACAGCUGCCUCAUGGUCUGAUACAGUCAUUUUCAGCAACACUGGAAGAUGUAAUCCAUUCAGAUUUAAUUGUACAUGUUCGUGACAUCAGUCAUCCAGAAUCUCUUAACCAGAAAGUAAAUGUUUUAAAUGUGCUGAAAAACCUUAAUUUGCCAAGUCACCUACUGGAUUCACUUGUAGAGGUCCAUAACAAAAUCGAUCUGCAAGAAGGUUAUUGUACCACCGAUCCUAACAUCUUGGGUAUUUCUGCGCUUCAUGGUUAUGGUCUAGAAGAACUAAAACAAAGAAUAGAGAAUGCAGUUUUGAAAUCAACAGGAAGACAGAUCAUGACUCUCAGGGUGAAGUUAUCUGGUCUGCAGCUUAGCUGGUUGUACAAGGAAGCCACAGUACAGAAAGUGGAUGUUAUGGCAGAAGAUGAUACUGCAAAUGUGAGUGUUAUCAUAAGUAAUUCUGCAUACGGCAAGUACAAAAAAAUGUUCCCAUGAUGAAGACAUGAAUAUGUGGUAUCUGGUAAAUGAUGGACUGAAUUUUCAAAAACCUGCACAAAAAAAGCAAUAAUGUAAACCUGAAAACAUUAUUUCUAGAAAUAUGACAAAUUGUGUUGGAAGAUGGGUUGAGCACUUACUGUGAAAUUGGUUGUACUACUGCCUCCUUCUAAACUGUUGAUUGCAGAUUUCAUGUAUGCUAAUGAUUUGUGUUGUACUUUAACAUCAUAACAAUGACUGUUUCUUACUACAAUAGUGUGUAAUUAUUGCCAUGUACCUUUCUUAUGAAUAUUGCACUAUAUUAAAAGUAUUAUUGUACUUUUUUUCUUUCUGUUGAUGUUAGACUAUUAUGAACUAUUUCAAAAAAUUAAAGAAGCUUCACUCCCAAAGCACAAAUGCCAAA